GAACUGGGAGACUGGGUGAGAGGUCCAGUUGUUUCUUUUCUUCAGGAUUGUGUUCCUCAGACUGCUGUUACACGUUCUGAAACAGAGCGGCCGUGAGAACACAGCAGAACUAUGGACAGAGCUUUACAGGACUUUACCGUCUACAACCAGAGGUCCUGGUGGAUCCUGAGCUGGUUGCCCUCCUGGUGCCCCAGUUCUCCAUUCCUCCUUAAAACUGCUGAGGACAAGAUUCUCCAGCCCAUCAAGCUCCAGUUUAACAGAGGUCAUGUGCCCAUCUCUGAUGGAAACUACAUCUGGACUCUUUCUAUUAAUGAGGCCCAGCUCUCGGCUCAAGCCUCUGCAGAGGAAGACCCCCAGGUCUCGUUUGUGCUGCUGCAUGGGUUUGGUGGGGGUCUGGGCUUGUGGGUGAAGAACCUGAGCGCCCUGGCUCAGACCGGACGGCCCGUAUACGCCCUGGACCUGCUGGGCUUCGGGCGGAGCAGCCGGCCAAUGGCAGGCAGCCAGGCAGAGGAAGUUGAGGAACAGUUCGUCCAGUCUCUGGAGGAGUGGAGGGAGGCCGUGGGGGUGGAGCUUAUGGUUCUGUUGGGUCAUAAUCUGGGGGGAUACGUCUCGACGGCCUACGCUCUAAAAUACCCCCACAGGGUGAAGCACUUGGUGCUGGUGGAGCCUUGGGGUUUCCCAGCAAAGCCUGAAAAUCUGCAGAUGAACUGCAAAGUCCCCAUGUGGAUUAUAGCUCUGGGCACUUCUAUGAAUCCGUUUAACCCCCUGGCUCUGCUCAGACUGGUCGGUCCUUUAGGACCCUUGUUGCUGCAGGCCCUCAGGUCCGACUUUAAGCAGAAAUAUUACUCUGUUUUCAAGGACGACACAGUGCCUGAUUACAUUUACCAUCUUAACGUUCAGACUCCAAGCGGUGAGAUCGCCUUUAAGAACAUGACGAUCCCGUACGGCUGGGCCCAGCGUCCCAUGAUGCACCGCAUUGAGAUGAUCGAUCCCGCAAUCCGGAUCUCCGUUAUCUGCGGAUCGCGCUCCUGCAUCGAUGGCCAAUCAGGACGAACCAUUCAAGAGAUGAGGCCCCAUUCUCAGACAGACGUUAUUGUAAUCUCAGGAGCCGGACACUAUGUGUUUGCAGACCAAUCAGAGGACUUCAACCAGGCCGUGCUGAAUAUAUGUAGCAAAUAUCUGGACAAAAAGGAGAAAAGGAAAGAGAAGGGACUGGGGAAAGGGAUGGAGUGAAGAUGGGUGGGACAGGG